CUAUAUUUAAGCUUACACAUUGAGAGAAUUUGAUGAGUCAAAGUGCUUAGAUGAACAGUUCCAAAAGUCAAAAGUGGACGAAUAUAGCGGGUAGGCAGGAGUAGUAUUUUAACUCGGGAAGGACAAAUAUUUAGGGAACUGGGAGUAUUGAAAAAUGCCUUCCCAUUUUAAAACUCCGUACACAUUUGCAUUCAUAAAUAGAACAUCUGGAUCGAUCUUCUCCCCUACAAUGGCGCUGCCGGCAUCGUCCAAGGGGGUGACAAUAUCGGUGCCGGUGCUUGCUCUUUCCACGGCGGCGGCGGCAGCCUUCUUCAUCUUCUUUCUGUUUACCAAUCUCUCUUCACCCUCAUCUACCGCUCCCUGCUCUUGCCCUACAUCCGCGGACCGCUCUGCCUCCGACAUUGCUAGGCCUGAGGGGUGGAUCUCGGCGUCGGCGGAGGAUAUUGGGUGGUUGAAGAGGCAGAUCCAGGAAAACGGACUCCAUAUGAGGCAAAAUGUGCUCCGCAAAGGGAUUAACCCUCGCACUCGCCAACAACAGCUCCAGGAUCUUCUUCAGUUCAAGGGCAUAUCACACUAUGAAGGAGAGGAGGCAAAUAAUCACACAGCUCUCCCUUGUCCGGGUGAGCUCCUUGUCGAAGAACAUCACAGCAAUUAUGGGGAGCCAUGGGCUGGAGGGCGAGAUGUAUUUGAAUUCCUCGCGAACUCUGUUCAUCUGUCUCCGAAUUCCAGAGUCCUAGAGAUCGGAUGUGGGACCCUCCGCGUUGGGUUGCAUUUUAUCCGGUACUUGAAUCCCGAGAAAUUCCACUGUCUCGAAAGAGACGAGCUGUCCCUAAUGGCUGCUUUGAGGUACGAGCUUCCCUCCCAAGGUUUAUUAUCCAAACGUCCUCUUAUUUUAAGAGGGGAAGACAUGGAGUUCAGUAAGUUUGGGUCCGAAACAAUGUACGAUUUGAUAUAUGCAAGUGCUGUUUUCUUGCAUAUGCCCGACAAGCUUGUGUGGGUUGGGUUAGAGAGACUAGUCGGUAAGUUGAAACCUUUCGUAGGACGUAUUUUUGUGUCACACAAUAUAAAGUUCUGUUCAAGAUUAGGAGGAGAUGAAUGUACAAAAAGGUUAGGUGGUCUUGGCCUAGAGUAUCUAGGGAAGCACACUCAUGAUAGUUUGCUUUUCAACCAUUAUGAGGUUUGGUUUGAGUUUAGGAGAUUCAAGGAAUAGAGUGUUUGUUUUUGUUUAAAUUUGUAGAAAAGCGAUUAUUUUGUAUACAAUAUUCAAAAGCACCUCAGAGAUGCUUUUUUGUUGUUCUCUCAAAUACCAAAGCUCUGUCAAACAUUAUCAAAAUAAAAAAAGGUUGAGCCCACCCGAGAACCCCAUCGGAACCAGCCGAACUAAAAGGAGGUAAAUUGAGCUAUAAUCACAGUUAAGCUGGCAAAGGAUGGAGUCUGUGCACAUGGUACUUGCAGAAUCUCUAUACUUAACAUAAACAAACAUCAUCACAAGGAUUUUAUCUAACGUAGAGAAUCAGUCACUAAAAAGGAGAGUUGAUCCAUUGACAUUUUUUCAAGAGAUUCAGAUGGAGGGUGAUAUUUCAUAAUCUUCAAAGAGAAAUGAAUUUGGGUGGAGUGAUGCUACAUGUACACUACUCUUGCACUAUUUCUUACAUUAGUCAUUGUUUAAGUUCCUAGAAACUACUCUCUCAUCUAGUUUGACCUUUUUUAGUCAAACUUGACGAAUUUUAAAUCCGCAAGACAAAUCCAAUGCAAUCAUUUUUGUACUCCGUACUAAUAUCUGGUACAAUUGGUUUUUAAUUGAUGAUUAAAAUCUGUCUAGUUUGACUGAGAAAAAGACAGACUAGAUGAAUAUUUCGAGACGGAGGUACUACUUGUUUGUGUGAUUAUUACCCUGACAAUUUGUUUUUGUAGAUUAAAAAUGGUGUGGUGUAAAGAAAGAUUUAUCAUGGGU